AUGGCUACAUCAUUUAUCUGUUGUAACAAAUGUGAAGCCAAAUGUGUGUUAAAACAAGAUCGGAACACGGAUGUAGAUAGACAGAAUACCACGCAGUACCGUGUUGACACUCGUCCUUUUAUACAUACAAUAGAAUAUACAAUGUGGGUGGCUGCCAGCUGGAUGGAUGAAUGGAUACCAGCUUCAGACUGCAAACUCUGCCCUAUUUUAAAAGUUUGCCUUGACAGUGACCUACUGGAUGGCCUUGACAUUGACCUAUUGAAGAUGUACGGAGUACCGUACUUAUCCAUCAAACAUUUUAUGAUACCCAACACGCCAAUUAUGACUACAGCUAUAGUGACGAAGCUGAUGAUGACGAUGGAGAAGGUGGUCAGAGAGUGUAUUGGAGGAUCUGUUGGAAUAAAUUUCUCACUUUAA